AAAAAAAUUAAAAUGGAAAAGAAAAAGAAAACAACCUUUGUCACUUUAUGGCAGAUUUAUUGCUGGAUAGUAUCCUUCUGGGCUCCUCCCUUUUUAUUAAAAACUUUCGGUGGUAUGCCCAAAGCUGAUCGUCAAUUCGCUUGGAGAGAAAAAAUAGGCCUAAUCUCAAUUAUUCUAUACUGUGGUGCCGGUGUUGCUUUCUUAACCUUUGGUUUCACUAGAACUGUUUGUAGCACUCCUCCAAUCUCAAUUCCCAAUACCAACGUUAGUCCUGCUUACAUGGUUUUUAAUGGUAAAGCCUAUGAUUUGACAAGAUCAACCCACCCAAUCGCUGAAGGUAUUAGUGCAGGCGCAAACGUCUUAUAUACCCCAAUUGAUGGCGCUGGUAUGGAUGGCUCUUUCUUAUUUCAAAACGUCAAUGGAAAUUGCAAAGGUUUAAUAACUCCCAAACUGAAUUGCUCAAUUCCCUUCAACGGUGAAGAUGUUGGCUGGUACAUGCCUUGCAAAAUGUUCAAUCCUGAUGGUUCAACUCAACCAAAUUUUACAACUGACUACUACGAAGGUUGGGCUUGCCACACUAGUUCUUCUGCAAGAGAAGCGUUUUACAAUUUGAAAGAAACUGGUGAUGUCUAUUUCACUUGGGAUGACAUGAAGAACACCUCGAGAAACUUGGUUGUAUAUAACGGUGAUGUAUUGGAUUUGUCUUUAUUAAACUGGAUUCAAACUGAUGAUUUAGAUUAUCCCGCCUAUUUUGAUAUCUUAAAAGCCGACUCCAGUUUAAUAGGUCAAGAUCUCUCAAUUGCUUUUGCCACUCCCCAAGAACGUAAAAUCGGUAAAUGUCUUCAGGAAAUUAUUAAAGUUGGUGUAAUAGAUUCGGAAACUGUCGGUUGUAUUGCAUCUGUCGUUGUCUUGUAUUCCUCAUUGUUUCUUAUUUUAUCCGUUGUUGUUUCCCAGUUUUUAAUUGCUUGUUACUUUAAAUGGUUUGUUGCCACCAAACAAGGCGCUUCUGUUGAAACCGCUGCUCAAAUGAAUGAAAGAGCUAGAAAAAUUGAACAAUGGUCCGAAAAUCCAAAUAGCCAAGGCCCAAUCAAAACUGUUGACCCCAAGUAUAGACCAACUGCCCACAACAGAUCAACAAGUAAAUUCUCCUUUUUAACUCAAAAGAGACACUCAAAGUUAACUUCCGGUAACUCAAGUUCAGAAAUGCUAUCUGCAAGUAAUGUUGUUGAUUACCAUAGCUUGUUUAAUGGAAUGACUACAAUGUGUAUUCAAGAAGCUGUUAAAAAAAGAGGCAAAAUUAUGCAACAUGGCAAUGGCUCUAAAAGAUCUGUUCUGUUAGGUGAUAACUAUACUCAGCCAGCUGGUUCAAUUUACACUUCAAACCGUUUGUCACAUUCUCAAUCCAUUUUGAAUCCUUUUGAUACUACAACUUUUGGUGACGAUGAAUAUAUUAGUCGUUUGGCCUCCGAUUUAGUUCUUGAUAAUAUUGUUCCUCAACCUCCAAUUGAAAAACAAUCCCCUUUUGGUUAUCCUGUUGCCCAUACCAUUUGUCUUGUUACAUGUUAUUCCGAAGAUGAAGAAGGUUUAAGAAUUACGUUAGAUUCUCUUUCAACAACUGAUUAUCCAAAUUCGCAUAAAUUGCUAUUGGUUAUUUGUGAUGGUAUUAUCAAAGGUUCAGGUAACGAUGUCACAACACCAGAUGUUGCAUUAGCUAUGAUGGAAGAUUUUGUUAUUGAUAAAGAAGACGUUCAACCAUUCUCAUACGUCGCAGUUGCUCAUGGUGCCAAAAGACACAAUAUGGCUAAAGUUUACGCUGGAUAUUACAAAUAUGAUAAUAAUACUGUUCCAGAAGAUAAACAACAAAAGGUUCCAAUGGUCACCAUUGUUAAAUGUGGUACUGAAGCCGAAGCAGGUGCAGCUAAACCAGGUAAUAGAGGUAAAAGAGAUUCACAAAUUAUUUUAAUGUCAUUUUUACAAAAGAUUACAUUUGAUGAAAGAAUGACAGAAUUAGAAUUUGAAAUGUUAAUGAAUAUUUGGAGAGUCACAGGGCUAAUGGCCGAUAUGUAUGAAAUUGUUUUAAUGGUUGAUGCAGAUACUAAAGUUUAUCCAGAUUCAUUGACUCAUAUGAUUGCAGAAAUGGUCAAAGAUCCCGAAGUUAUGGGAUUAUGUGGAGAAACCAAAAUUUCCAAUAAAGGUGAUUCAUUUACAACUUCAAUCCAGGUUUUCGAGUAUUUUAUUUCUCAUCAUCAGUCAAAGGCCUUUGAAUCAGUAUUUGGUAGUGUUACAUGUUUACCAGGUUGUUUCUGUAUGUACCGUAUUAAAUCACCAAGAGGAAACAAUGGAUAUUGGGUACCAAUUUUGGCUAAUCCAGAUAUUGUUGAGAGAUAUUCAGAUAAUGAUAUUUCAUCAUUGCACCGUAAGAAUUUAUUAUUAUUGGGUGAAGAUAGAUAUUUGUCAACAUUAAUGUUGAGAACUUUCCCAAAAAGAAAGCAGAUUUUUGUUCCAAAGGCUGCUUGUAAAACAUUGGUUCCAGAUAAGUUUAAAGUUUUGUUGUCACAACGUCGUCGUUGGAUUAAUUCAACAGUUCAUAAUUUGAUGGAAUUGGUUUUAGUUAAUGAUUUGUGUGGUACAUUUUGUUUUUCAAUGCAAUUUGUUAUUGCAAUUAAUUUGGUGGGUACAUUGACAUUACCAGCAGCCAUUGUUUUCACAAUUUAUGUUUGUAUUUUUGCUAUUGUUUCAAAGCCAACACCAGUCAUGUCGUUAAUUUUAUUAGCAUUAAUUUUAGGUUUGCCUGCAGUUUUGAUUGUUGUCACUAUCUCAUCAUUGUCAUAUUUAUAUUGGAUGAUAAUUUAUUUAUGUGCAUUGCCAAUUUGGAAUUUUGUUUUGCCAACCUAUGCAUACUGGAAGUUCGAUGACUUUAGUUGGGGUGAUACUAGAAAAGUUCAAGGUGAAGCUAAAGGUGAAGGGCAUGGAGACGGAGAUGACGAUGAAUUCGAUGCGACACAUAUUGUUAUGAAACGUUGGAGAGAAUUUGAAAGAGAAAGAAAAAGAGCUAACAUAAGCAUGCCAGAUGCCACUUGGGAUCCAAGUGCUACAGACAAUAAUAAAUUGCUCGAUCCAAAUGAAUUACUACAGGUUCCUGCAGAUUAUUAGUGGUGGAUCAGCGUGAAUAAGAUUAUAUGUUAUGUUGUAUGUAUGUUAUAUGCUUUAUCUAUAGAACUCAUGGAGAAUUGUGAUUUUUAAACACAUUCUGUAUUUAAGCUUAUUUUUUUAGAUUUUGAAGUUACAAAUCAGAUAGGAUAUUUAAAUCAGUAUCGUACCGCUUUCAAAACGAAGCGGAUUAACCAGAAGAAUAUAGGUUCCGGCAGAGGCGGAUGGGUUCC